AUGGAAAAACGAUUCAAAAACCAAUUAAAAAUGACUUGGUUUACAAAUAUAUUAAUAAUAAAGGAAAAUGUGAUUCAGAUAGAUAUCUUAAAAAGAACUUUACGACUUACAAAUCUCAUUGGUGUACAAAUAUUAAAUUUAAAUAUAGAUAUAUAUUAUCAAAAUACUGAUUCAGUGCAUAUAGACAAAAAUAAGAUAGAACUAUUAGAACAAAAAUAUAAAGAAAUAUAUGGUAAAACAUUAAGAGGAGGUGAAUUAGAACAAUUUCAUCCAGAUUUUGAUGAAUUAUCUGGGGACUUAUAUUCAAAAGAAUCUUACUUCUUAGUUAAGAAAGCUUAUAUAGAUGUAUUAACAAACGAUAAACAAGAAAAUGCUUUACAUAUGAGAAUGAAAGGUAUUCCAAACAAUUUAUUGGAAAAUAACGAAAAUCCAAUUGAAUUAUAUAAGAAACUCUACGCGGGAUAA